GCGCGCAGUGCGCGGCACGGGCUCCGAACGUUCGCAGCCGCCAGCCACGAGCGCACGUACGGGACAGGCCGAGCUGGGGCACAAGGCUAGCCCGGUGUCAAGCGCGGUGGCAUGCUCGUACGGCUCUGCCUUCUACUCUGCGUUGCAGCGGCUCUCGCCAAGCGCCACCGACCAGCGGUCGUUGAGCUCGCGCCGAGGGAGGAGCGCGUCCCAUCGGACGCCAUCGGUGACGUCGCGCUACGAGACCGGCUCGAGACUGUCCACCGGGCGAGACUGGCGCGUCUCCUCAGACUGCGCCGCCGCCAGCAGCAGCAGCAGCAGCAGCCAGGCUCGCCGCAGUCUCGGCCGCGACCCGCGGCUGUGGCGCAUGGCGGCCCGGACGCAGCCAUGGCGGCGCCUGAAGGAGCUGGGGGCGGGAGACGCGACUACGACGACAACGAUGACUACAGCAGCGGCGACGACGGCGACACUCUGUACGCCGACGAGGAGGAGGAGGGUCAAAGUGGUGGAAUGCAUGGCGGUGUUGGAGGAGGAAGAGGAGGAAAGCAAGGAGACGGACGAUCUGGUGGACGGGUCGGGAGUAGUCACCGGGAUCCGUACACUGAUGUUGGAGACGACGACGACAACUACAACGACAACAAAGGGAGAGGGCCCAAGGGACUCUCCGGGGGAGAAAUAGAAGGUGCAAACGGGAAAGACGGACCAGCCAGUUCCCGGGAUGGCCAGAGGCAGUGGGGACGCAUGGACUGCAUUGUGGACCCUGUGAACCACUGCAUCGAGUGGUGCCGCCUGAAACCCACCGACACCCGCCUCCGUCAAAACCGGGACAACGAACCUUGCCGCUACUGGAAGGGAGACUCUAAAAACAGGUGGAUGCAAAGCGGAGUGUGCCACAACGGGAGGUGUGGCUGAUCAAGCGGCACCAGAUGCCAAGAAACCCUUCUUUUCUUUCUUUCUUUCCUUGUUUUCUCGUUCUUUUUCACUAAUAAAGAGGUAGUCAUCUUGUCCUUCAAAA